UUACGAUACCGCCAUCCUUAUAAACCCUACUUGCUGCCUUUCCACUCCUUUACGAACCCUAGAGGACGGCCUCCCAGCUGCUGCUUCCGAAGACGCACAGGUCUCGUCUUUCUCCCGUCUUAAUCUCUUCCCUCACCCAGCAUCUCUAUCUUCUCUGAAUCGUUCACGUUCGCGCUCACGUCCCAUCUGAUUCUCUGACAUUUUGUUUGUCUUCCCUUUUUGUUACUCUCCCAGUGAUUCAAUCGAUUUGCAGCAAUGGCCCCUCCUAAAGAUAGCAAGCCGAAGUCAGAUGCCAAGGCGCAGGCAGUCAAGGCUGCUAAGGCAGUGAAGUCUGGCCCAACUUUCAAGAGGAAGGCCAAGAAGAUCAGGACCAAGGUCACGUUCCACCGCCCAAGGACAUUGAAGAAGGAGAGGAACCCCAAGUACCCAAGGAUCAGUGCACCUCCCAGGAACAAGCUUGAUCACUACCAGAUUCUCAAGUUUCCUCUGACCACCGAGUCUGCCAUGAAGAAGAUUGAAGACAACAACACACUGGUGUUCAUCGUUGACAUCCGCGCUGACAAGAAGAAGAUCAAGGCUGCUGUGAAGAAGAUGUAUGAUAUCCAGGCCAAGAAGGUCAACACCCUCAUCAGGCCUGAUGGUACCAAGAAGGCAUAUGUUAGAUUGACGCCGGACUACGACGCAUUGGAUGUGGCAAACAAGAUUGGCAUCAUCUAAGUUGGUUUCCUUGCCGUUUCCUUUCUCAGGGAUUUGCUUGAUACAUUGUGUUAGACUAAACAGUUUUGUUAUGAUGAUGCAAUGCGAGGUUGGAGUUUGUAAGCCUUUCUUACUUGUUAUGGAUCUUCUCUUCUCGACUUACAAUCUGGACAAUCUAGCCUUCAGCUAUUAUCAGUUCACUUCUUCUGAAUCCAGUGAUGGAUAAUCUCCCUAAUCUCCCAUAAUCUGCCAUUACUUUGUGUUGUUGUAUGGUACCCUUUAUGUUGCUGCAAAUCUGUCUGAUUCUAACGAUUGUGCGAUUCUGGUUGGGCCUAUAAAGACUGGCAUAAACG